CCAUAUUUGAUAAAAGAUUUUGCAUAGUUGUGUCAAGAUGGGGAAAAACAGAUGAUGUGUGACGUGCUGCAGGCUAGUGUUACUCUCUUCGUAAAUGUGUCACAUCCUCAUCUAUCCUCAACAAGUUAACAUAACUUCUCUGAUCUUCCACUGCCAGUUCUUGGACCAAGUUUUUGUAGAUCCUCCUCAACUCACGGCGGGCGAUCCACGGUUUUACCCACAGUCGUUUCUGUUUCGUUGUUAAAGCCGCUGCAAUGGCUGCCCAAGUAAAAC